UGGUCUCUGCUGCCCCCGGGCGGCCGUUUAGGGUACUACCUCAGGGAGGUUCGAGAGGAGGACCAGUCAUCUGAGCGAGGAUGAGACGCCCACGCGGGGCAGGAGACUGAGUGAAAACGGGAGCACUAAGACCCAGUGGGACCGGAGGAGUAGGCGCUGGAGGGUGGGAGCCGUCUGGUACCUUGGUCGCCUUCGAAACAGCAUCUUCUCUCGUGACAAAAAUGGCCAGUCAGACCCAGGGUAUCCAGCAGCUCCUCCAGGCUGAGAAGCGGGCAGCGGAGAAGGUGGCCGAUGCCAGGAAGAGGAAGGCCCGGCGCCUGAAGCAGGCGAAGGAGGAGGCUCAGAUGGAGGUGGAGCAAUACCGCAGGGAGCGAGAGCAGGAGUUCCAGGGCAAGCAGCAGGCAGCCAUGGGCUCUCAGGGGAACCUGUCUGCUGAAGUGGAGCAGGCCACCAGACGGCAGGUUCAGGGCAUGCAGAGCUCCCAGCAGAGAAACCGGGAGCGUGUGCUGGCUCAGCUUCUCGGCAUGGUCUGUGACGUCAGGCCCCAGGUCCACCCCAACUAUCGGAUUACUGUCUAGAACCAUUGCUUAGGGACACAGGCCUAGAGUGACUCCUUCUGUCAGCUCCUCCCACAGAGAACUAUCCCUACUCAACUAUCCUCCUUCCACAGAGAACUAUCCCCGCCUGUGUAGCAUGCGCAGAGCCCUGAUACGCAGAGCCUGAGCUCAGUCCACACUAACCCGCCCCCCCAUCAGAUCACUUCGCAUAGUGCAUAGUAACCUGUUCCUGGAGGGGAGGCUUCUGUGUGGCAGAACCCAAUAUUCUCCCGUGAGACGUACAAAUAGCUCGUUCAAACUGAGAUCUCUGGUUCCACGACACCCACUGGAAUUACACUAAUGAAUGUCCAGUUCGUCUCCACUGGAUCCCUCUGAGAAACGUGUGUCGUGGUGACAGGCGUAUGAAAAGCACCCUGACUUCAGAGCUCAGUAACUUCUGUUCCUCUCCCACCCCUGGUUGCUGCUGGCUACAAGUGGUACAAGCUAUUUAACCUGGAAGCCUCAGUGUCCUUGUCUUUGUAACUGGAAUGAUGGCAAUGCUUACUUUGUAAAGUGGCUGCUGUGAAUUGUCCUAUGAGAAUUCAGCAUAGUUCCAGAUGGGCAGUAGCUGCGAGCCUGUAUCAUGACCACACUCUGCGCGCCUGCCAGAAUCCUAAUCCUGUCUCCUGACUUUUUUAUUCCCGGUGUUCCAGCUCUGCUCAGUCACUGUAACUCUAGUAAUCCUCUAAGAAUUUGUUUUUCUUGCUUUCUGCUAGCAUAUCAUGCCCCCUGAACAGUUGAGAGUAAUAAUGUCAUUGAGUGCCUCUCUCUGAGUCCUAAAUAUAUAUCGAACCUCUUAGCACCUCCCGUUGUUUCUCUGGUCUUCCUCGUGGUUGGCUCCCCUUUCCUCUGUUUCCCCAAAGCUUGCUGCUUCUGGGAGCUGAAGAGAUCUGCGACAUCCACAUGCAUGCGUUCCUUUCCAUGCCCUGGGCACCUCGCCUCCCUGUGUAACAGCGGAGUGUCAAUGAAACACCGUCGGAUGACUCUGCUGUCAGUGAGGUGAAAGCAGCCUCCUUUGCCUCGCCACCCCUCACUUUGGCCGAUGUCCACAGCGUUCUGCACUGAUACGGUCUCCAAAGCACUGCAGAGGGCUGUCCUGGAAGCUUUUCGGAGAAACAGCAGCACAUGGUCCUAUGUUCUCUCUCUCAAGAGGGAGCACGUGUGCUUCCUCAGGAGCAGCUGUAAGGAAACGUUGGCAGAGCAGAACUUGUCCCUUUCCUUGUUUUAGGCUGCUCAUCAGUGACAGAGAGGUGGGGGGGGGGAAUGGGGGAGAGAAUGGGAGAGAGAGAGAGAGACAGACAGACAGACAGACAGAGAAUCACCAUGCACCUUAUUAUGUAUCCCUGACUGUCCUGGAAUUUGCUAGGCCAGGCUAGCCUUGAACUCACAGAGAUCCACAUGCCUCUGCCUCUUGAGUCCUGGAAUUAAAGACAUGCACCACCACACCUGGCUUGACAUUAUGUUUGGGUACCGUUGCUCAUUAUGUUUCUGAUGAUAAGGUCGUUGUGUCCCCAGAGCCUAGGACAGCACUUCGCACUUGAUUAGCAGUUAAUGAAUACUUCGGAAUAAAAAGAUGCUAGGGGGUGGGACACUGCUGGCCUCUGACGCCCAUUCCUGUAUCAGUUCCCUCCACAGCUCAUUUCACGCUGAGCUUGAGUCAAUGAGGUAACCGAUAGUCUUUUCUUGUAUGACUUUUCUGUAGAGACACAUUAAAAACAAAAGUCUAUGCCAAAUAAAGCAGUCAUGAAACACCAAAGAAAUUUCACCUCCCAAGUCUCGCCUGGCAGACCAAGGGGCUCACUGGAGUCAUUGGUUGUAUCGUGGGUGAUAGCUUAUUUAUAGGAGUGAGACUGGAGCAGUUUCUCAUCCAAAAGUCAUCCAUCACCGGUGUCCUCUGCGUGACUUGUACGAAGACCGAAGAGAAUCCUGUAACCAGGAGCUGUUUACUGGUGACAUAAUCUGGGCAAAGGGUUCUGUGUCUUGCAACUUAUUUCUGAAUUUCAUGAGCCUUCUCCACACUCGUCAGGAGGGAAUGUUUCAAACCAGGGGAAAUAGCUAUACAAAA